AUGACGAAUUUAGAUCUUGGAGACAAUCAAUUGAAUGGUACUAUACACAGAAAUAUUGGACAGCUUUCCAAGCUUGAGUCUUUUGAUGUCUCUUUCAAUUCAUUAAAUGUCAUACUCUCUGAAACUCACUUUUCUAAUACGUCCAGUCUGAAGAAUUUGUCAUUUUCUUCAAACACAUUAACUUUUAAUUUCAGUUCUGACUGGGUUCCUCCUUUCCAACUUGAUGUCAUAUAUUUAUCAUCUUGUAAGUUGGGGCCUCAUUUUCCAAAAUGGCUUCAAACGCAAAAGAACUUCUCUGAGCUUGAUAUCUCAAGUAAUGGAAUUUCAGAUAAUGUUCCAACUUGGUUUUGGGAUCUAUCCCCAGGUUUAAGACUUUUAAAUCUCUCUAACAAUCUGAUCAAAGGUUUGUUGCCUGAUCUAUCAUUGAAGUAUCAGGGUUAUCUUGAUAUGGAUUUAAGUUUGAAUCAUUUUUCGGGUCCAAUACCACUAGUUCCUCCUAAUGUAACACUUUUGAAUCUCUCCAAAAAUAACUUCUCGGGUUCACUUUCUUUCUUAUGUGCAAUUAGGGGUACACCUAUCUUGACCUCUCACAUAACUCACUAUCAGGAGAACUUCCGAGCUGUUGGGUGCACCUCAAAGCACUAUUCAUCAUUGAUUUGGCACACAAUAAUUUGUAUGGGAAAAUUCCAAGCUCAAUGGGUUCCCUAG